GUCUCAUUUCUGAAAACUAUAUCUUCCGAUCUCAAGAAGUCGUGAAAAAUAAUCGAUAAUCGGAAUACAUGUCUUCUAUUUUACGUCAGUAAAAUUUGUAAAGUAUUUCGCAUUGGAAUUUAAAAGAUCUCCAGAAUGGCAGUAACAGCACAAAAAACCGUGGCAUCCCUGAUGCAGAAGACUCUAGAUCGUCAGGCGGCUAUCGCUCGAUUGAAAAUAAGUUUCAAGAAGAACCAAAUAGAGAAGGUUCUGCUAAGUUACAUUAGGGAUGGGAACUCUGCACCGUACAAUGAGUUAUUAAAUAUUUUAAGAGACAAUUCACUAAAUGAUAGUAACUUCAGGAUAUUGUUUGAAGACUGUUUAAGAUGUGUGGUGUUGUUAGGAAGGGAACUGAAACCUUUUGUGGAUGUUUUGUGUAGCAUAGAAUGGGCGAGUCGGGAGGAAGAUUUGGUGGAUAUUUAUAGUAGAUUUUUAAUUAACCUGGUCACCGCACACACCUAUCACUCAACACGGAUUUUGGGUGCAUUAGUCAAAUUAUUUAGAGCUGACGGUGAAAACUGGGAGGAUACCCCAUCACCAGAUAUUGUUUCAAAAUGGUCAAAUGUACAUACAGUUAUUGCACAAAUAGUGGCUGUUAUGCCUAUGACCAGUGAUCUCCUAAUGCAAACAGUGGCAGAACAGUUCCCAUAUUACAAAGCUGGUUGCUUUUGCAACCGGGCAUAUAUUCAUAACCUUAUAUGGAUGGGCAAAUAUUUGCCAUCUCUUGUAGAGCAAAUUAUGACAGCUAUCGUGAGCAAAAUGGUAGACAUGGAUGCAAAUAUUGUGGACAGAGACAAACACAAAUCCCAAGAAACCAUAUUUGACAUGGAGGUGGAUGAAAAGGAUGAAGUCAGCGAAACACUAGAUUACUGUAUGCUGGAAAUGCUGAAGUGGCUUGAAGAUGAGAGGGACAGGGUACUAACUGUUAUGUGCAAUGUUUUUGAAAGAGUUAUACUGCCCACUCAUGGGAUAAGACACGUCCAAUUCCUUCUUCUAUAUACGAUAUCAAUAAGCCAACAAUGCGCAGACCGCGUAUUCACAAACCUUUGGAUAGUAGCCGCUGGCUUACACGGCCUAGGACCGGGAGCUUUGGCAACGCGGCGAACAGCUGCCAGCCACCUGGCAGGUCUGCUAGCACGAUGUGUCAGAGUGCCAAACUCCAGGCUUAUAUUCUACUUGAAGACAAUGGCAGAAUGGUGCCAUUCCUACAUAACUGCCACUCAAGAGUCAACUGUAGCUGAUAAUACAAAAGUGCAUGGAGCAUUUCAUGCAAUAUGUCAUGCAGUCUUCUAUCUGGUUGCAUUCAAAAAUCACCAUCUGUUCAUGAAUAAAGAGAGUCUUAACUUCGUAGAGUCCCUUAACCUUCCCCGACUGGUCACAUGUAACUUAAACCCUCUACGGACAUGCCCCCCACAAGUCACGAGAGCCUUCUCCUCCGUUACUAGAUCGCAUCAAGUGGUCUACUGCCAGGCGAUCAUAGAAAAGAACACAAGACUUUCGUUGCAGAAUUCGGUUCAGAAAUAUGACGAGUGGUUUCCGUACGACCCUUAUAUGUUACCUGUAUCUGGUAAAAUAAUAUGGCCACUAUGUAUGGAAUACAAGAACCUCUUUAAGGAUGGAGAUGAUGAAAACCAAUACAAUAGUCUCAAGAGGAAACUGGAAGCAGAGGAUGAUGACUUCUUAAUACCGAGCCCCUCGCAGAAACUAGCUAGCUCUUUAACUAAUUGUAUAUCGCCCGGCUUUAAAACCAGUGAAUCUAUAUACAUGUAAAAGUCAGUGAUUAAUUAUUAUUUAAGCUAUAAAAAUUAUAAUAGACAUGUUAUUACUGAUGUUAAAACGUUUAAAUAUAUAGCUUUCGUAACAUGUAAGUUGUGUUUACAAUAACAAAGUCCAUUUUGUCCGAUUAGAUAUUAUUAUAUGAUAAUAUUAAAUAUUAUCCCAAUUCUGAUUAUCAAAUUCGUGUUUGAUAUAUAUGCAGGAAUAUUUAAAGUAAAGUAUAAAGUUACAUUAUAACCACAAUAGGUUGUGGCUUCCGCCUGUAGAUAUAUUAUAUGAACUCUAGUUUAUUCUACUUGACUACGGCGAAACAAAGUUAUGGGAUACAUAUAUGUAUAAACAAUAUUUUUUUUACUCAUGAUUAUAGCUCAUUUUAAUAGAUUUUAUUCUUGUUUAAUACUAUAAAAGCAUACUUUACACUAAAUAAAGAACAUUAAAAAUUGUUUACAUAAUAAGAAAUAAGAUGCUGCCUGUAUUAUAUCCAUAAGUAGGUUCAACCUCAGCCCUGUUGUUCAAAAGUUUAUAAAUGGAAGUGUCCUUAUGACGUCAUUAUGAAACAAAUAUGGAGGAUAUCGAAUUAAAUAUACAUUGAAUAAUCUCGUUUUGAAGAACCCGUAAAUUAUACAAUAUUUUUUUAAAGAUUAGAUGUUUUUUUAAUUGGCGAUUAUGAUAUUGUAUUCGAUAGCCUCAGAAGGAUAUGCUGCUUAAACCCACCACGCUGCACAACUGAUUGGAGAGUGUGACAUCGUCAGGCA